GCAAACAAAAUCGGUGCCUGACGCCAAGGGUUGGGGUGUGCAAGGACAGAUCAUUACGCUUGCUUUAAACUUGAGUACAUAUUGUGUAUACUUUGAUUGUACUUUCAAUUUCUUCAAUCUUUAUUUUUAAAAUAUAACAUUGUGUAAGCCUAUAACACUUUAAGGUGUUCUCUGCUGUUCAAACAGAACGACAAGAAGAUGAUCGACACAUUGUCAGGACCAGAUGCCCUACCUUUUGCUGUACAGCUCAAGGCCCUUUUGGACCAGGAGGGACGAUUCCAGCCCAAACUAUGUGGCCUGAGAAUCAUUGAGACGGCCCAGGACAAUGGACUCCGAAUGACCGCCAAGCUGAGGGAGUUUGAAGUGCGGGAUCUUCUCUCUCUGACCCGUUUCUUUGGAUUCAGUGCAGAAACAUUCUCUCUUGCCAUCAGUAUCCUGGAUAGAUUCCUUGCAGUGAUGAAGAUUCAACCCAAACACCUGGCCUGUGUGGGGCUGUGCUGUUUCUACAUCGCUGUUAAGUCCGCAGAGGAGGAGAAGAACGUCCCUCUGGCCAACGACCUGAUCCGCAUCAGCCAGAACCGCUUCACCGUGUCCGACAUGAUGCGCAUGGAGAAGAUCGUCCUGGAGAAGCUGCACUGGAAAGUGAAGGGACCUACCGCCCUUCACUUCCUGAGGCUCUUCUACUCUCGCAUCCAGCAGCAAGUGGAAGGAGACAGUAAAAAGGUCCUUGACAUUGAGGUGCUUGAAGCCCAGUUGAAAGCAUGUCACUGCUGUUUUGCCUUCUCCAAAGUUAAGCCAUCUCUGCUGGCCAUGGCCAUACUGGCUCUUGAGAUCCAGGAACAGCACGAGUAUGGUGACGCUGAAGGCCUUCUGGAGGCCCUGCAGGGGAUCCAGCAGCAUCUUGGUAUCAAAAAUGGUGACUUGGUGUGCGUGAGGGAGCUUGUGGGAAAGUGCCUUGUUGAGUAUUCUUCCACAAAGUGCCAAAGACCAAACGUCCAGAGACUUCGAUGGAUUAUUUCGGGCAGAACUGCCAGACAACUGAAGCACAGCUACUACAAGAUUGCCCACUUGCCAACAAUCCCCGAGUCUGCCUGUUGACGUGCAGUGGACAUGGUGUGGGCAAAUACAUGCAAAACUGAAGUAGGCAAUUGAGCAGGCUUUUCUUUUGGAAGGAAUUAUAUAACGUGUUAUCUAACUACUUC